UCUUCGACCUUUGCACCUCACCACGUGGGCAAUGGAGGUGCUGGAAGAAGGAGAGUGUUCAGAGGAUAGCAGCAGCUCCGCUAGUGAGAAAGAGGAUGAGGGUAUAGGAGAGACUCUAGGAGAACUAGAAGCGGCGGUGAGGGAGGAGAACAAGGAAGAAAACGGCGCCAUUCUCUCCGCAAUACAGCAAGAGUUGCAGAGUAAGCAAGUUCACUCGCCAGUGACAACCCCUCACUGUAGCGUUGGUGUGAUGGCAGAGGAUGUGAGUUGGCCAUGCGGUGAUGGUGGACAGCGGAUGGAGACAAGAGUCAGGCCCACAGAAGAAGAGGAAGAGAGAGAAGGAGAGGAGACAGAGGACAAAAUACCAAUUGAAGCACUGGAGGCACUAGGCCACUGUGAUGUUACCAGGGGCAUGCUGACCAACCCCCACCUCCGAGACCUACUUCUGGAGCUAGACAGAAGCCCCGCCCCCCAGCAGGCGCUGAGACGAGCCAUGAACAUCCCUGUCUUUGUUGAGUUUGCGAACCAGUGCCUCAGAGUCUGUGGACUGCGUGACAACGACAAAUCAUGACAUCAGCUACGAUGAUAUUCUCCAUUACAUCAUAACACACUGUGACAUCACCAAAGUUCACAUGACAUCAUCAAUUUUGCAAAGCUGGGCGGAGGCUGAGAGGGUGGGAAGGUGCGAGAAUCGGCGGAGUUUGGGCGGAGUCAGCUGUCCUACGCUCCCCUGUGCCACACCCACCACCUCAGGAAACUGGAUGUUGUGAAAAUGGUCCCCACUCGAAAUGUUUCCCCUCACCAAUGUUGUCCUUGGCUAUACAUUAUUGACAUUUCAACAAUAUUAUUGACAUAAGCACAAACCCGUGUAUAUGUUUCUGGUCUCCGGUUGCCGGUAGCAAUGACCCCAACUGACGACCUCAUUGCAGCUGUGGGAUGCUGGGGAGUGGGGUUUUUCCCUGGCGUCAUGGCAACGGGAGGAGUGGAGAUGGCAGGGAUUGGGCGUUUCCUCGUGUUGUUGUUGAUGACAGGGAGAGAAGAGGGAGGGAGGGGGUGGAUGAAGGAGGGAGGUUGUGAUAGCGACACUGUGGGGGGUGGGUGAUGAUUAUGAUGAGUGGUGGGUGUGGUUCUCCCAACGGAGGAGAAGAAACGAGGGAGGGAGACAGUGAGGGAGGGGUUCGGCAACAGUUGGAUUGGAGUAGGGAGCGAAUUUUGGGUUUGUUGUGCUGGCAAUGCCUGGAUAAUGGUGGGUGUGCGUUUGUGAGUGAGAGGAGGAGGAGGAAGAGAGGGUGAGGCGAUGGGUGGAGUGGGAGCCAUGCCCAUAUUAGCCACGCCCGUCACGUGAGGGGGUGUGGUCAGCACAGGAGUAAGUGGUGGGGGAGUGUGCCUGUUGGGUGAAGACACAAACGACCAAAUAGUGCACGUAAAACAAAGACUCAGACAACACAGGGCGACUGUACACUUGUGGGUAUACAAACAUACUUUGCUCUUGAGAUGAGGAACUCUUCUGCCAA